AUGAAGCCUCUCGAUCAUCCAACAACACAACACCACACUUUGUUAGGUUCCCAGAUCACACUGGAGUGGAGGGAAAUGAAAGCGGGCAAAAAAAAGAAACGAAGUACCAUUUGGGAAACUAUAUUGCGAGAAAUUAAAGAUGUGGAAAGCUCUUUUCCCUUUUCCAGAGACGAUAUAACUAGAUGUUUCUUAAACAUCAUGGGAACCUAUAAACGCAUCAAAAAAAGAAACAAUACAUCUGGUGAAGCUCCAUCAAACUGGGAAUACUUUGACGAAAUAGAUGAAGUUUUUGGGAGCCGUAGCAGCAUUAAUGUGCCAUUAGAAAUGACUGAUUAUUCUUUCGAAGAAAUAACUAUAAACCCAACGAUUUCUUCUCCGGUUUCUUUAACAACUGAAGACGACUUAACGCCCACAACAUCAAGAAAAAGAAAGAGAAAUGACGUGAUUCAAUUUUUGGAGAAAGAAUCGGAAAAGGAUGGUGAGGUUUUGGAUAAGUUGCUUAAACUUGAAAACGAAAAGCUAGAAGUCGAAAAAGAAAAACUUGCUGAACUGAAACAACUUCGUGCCUUAUUCGAAGCAAUAGGAGAGAAAAACCGUGAAUGA